AUGGCGGCGGCCGGGCCGGGCGCUCCGUGCGGGCUCUGCAGCGCUCCCGCCGCCCCCUACACGUGCCCGCGCUGCCACGGCCGCCUCUGCUCCCUGCGCUGCUACCGCGCCCACGGCCCCUGCGCCGAGGCCUUUUACCGCGACCAGGUUCUUGAGGCGCUGCGCGCUGAGCGCAGCUCGCCGCCGAGCCCCGCGCUGCCCGCGCUGCGCGGAGGACGCGAGCCCGGGGAUGCAGCGCGGCCUGCGAGCCGCGGGCUGUGGGAGCGGCUCGGCGAGGCGGAGCGCGACGGGUUCCGGCGGCUGCUGAGCUCCGGGGAGGCCGCGGCGCUGCUGCCGCCGUGGCGGCCGUGGUGGUGGCGCGGCCGGGGGCGAGUGGAGGAGCUCGGGGACGGCUCGGGGGCCGAGGGGGAGGAGGAGGAGGGCGGCGAGGGUCGGCCCGGCCCCGCGCCGCCCGUGCCGGCCGCGGUGCCGCCGCUGAGCGCGCUGCGCGCCGCCGCCCCGUCGCCGCUGGUGCGGUUCCAGCUGCCGAACGCGCUGUUCGGGUACGCCUUCGCGCUGAGCCUGCACGGCGGGGACGAGGCGCUGCUCCCCGAGCUCCCCGACGCCGCCGUCGCCGCCUCGGCCGCGCUGCGCGGCCGCCGCCCCUUCGCCAGCACGGCCGAGGCGCUGCUGAGCGCCCGGCGCGACGCCCGCGCCGCGGGGCUGCCCCUCAGCCCCCUCGGCGACAGCGGGGCGCUCCUGGCCGUGGCGCAGCUGCUGGAGGGGCGCGACGGCCGCGACCCCGGCGCCGACGUGGCAGCGGCUCUGUGGCACCUGUGGCGGCUGCUGAGAGCGGGGGCGCGGGCGCUGCCGCCCCCCGAGCGGAGCCGCUUCCGAGGGGCCCGCAGGAAGGUGGGCUUCCUGCUGAGCUGGAGCCGCGGGGCCACCGAGGAGCUCGCCCAGCUCGCCCGGGAGGCGCGGGAGGUUCACGCCGAGGUGGCCGCGGAGGAGGCGGCGGUGGCCCAAAUCAGGGAGGGGCUGGAGAAGGUCUGGGGGGGCCCCCGGCCGCCCCCCAGGGAGGAGCGGACGCCCUGGCUGGUCACGGACGGGGCCCGCGUGGAGAGGGAUGAGGAGCUUCUCGGGGGUCCCCCGGCUGUCGGUACUGACAAGGGGGUGCGGGGCCGGCAGCUGAUCGAGGAGCUGGACUGAGAUGGGCAGACCCCAAGGAAACAGCCCCGGGAGAGAAGCAGCCGGUUAAGGGACGGGACUGAUGGACGUCCGGAGAACCAGGCCCGGGAAAGCUGCUCCUUAAGGAGUAGGACUAACGAAGGUCCAAGGAAACCGUGCCUGCCGUGACUCAUUAAGCGAUGGCACCAAGGAGAUCCCGGCUCAUUAAGGGCUGGACUAAGCAACGUCCAGGAAACCAGUCCGAGAAAUGACACUCUUUAAGAACAGGACACACCAAGGGAGGGGAUUAACGAGACCCCGGGGAAGUGGAUUCAGGAGAGAACCUGCUCAUCGGUGAUCCGGACUGAGGCAGACCCAACGAAACAGGCCCAGAACCACUCGUUAAGGGCCAGGACUAACGAACAUCCCACAAAACAGGCCUAGGAAUGACGCUCAUUAGGGAUGGGACUAACAAGAGAUUAAAUACCAUUUGGAGAGAUCUAGAAUUAAUUAAUGGUCUGGGCUAACAGAGGGCCCAGGAAAGUGGCCUGGGAAAGCUGUGCAGUAAGGGAUGGAUGAGAGUAACUGGAUCCCAAAGAAACCAGAGACCCUUCUUGUCGAUGACCUGCCUAACAAGCUCCUUGCGAUAA